AUGGCUGACGGACUUCAUCUUUUGCUUCUUAUAGCUGAUCCUGAUUCGCCCAAUCAUGGUAUGUUCUCCUUCGAUAUGGCGUUGCAGCCAGCUAACAGCUGUAGGCAAGCAUUGGUCAGCAGCGAAGAAACAUCGAAUGAAGUGUUCAAAUGGUUGUCCGCCAUCGAAAUACAUCACAGCCGGAUCACACAUUCGAAGGGAAGGAAUUGGCUCGAGGUGAACGCAACAGUCGCAGAGAUCGAACGUCUUUUGAAGACAGAGUACCACCUUUUCCAGCACCAGGAGAACGGAGGCUACAGAGUUGCAUGCGACUCCUACCAUUUGCCCAAGGAAUUGCAAAGUCACCUCGAUGGAUUACAGCCAAUCGCACAAAAAUCCCCGGCUGUUCAAGUGUCGACGGUCACCAACUUUACCGGACCGUUUGGCCUGACACGUUGUGACGAUUUGAUCACGAUCGACUGUCUACGAACCAUCUACAACUUCGGCAAAGGCAACUACAGUCACGCUGGAAACAAAAUGGGCAUAGCCGAAUGGGCUGAUUUUCUCAACUAUCCGGACCUGAAGCCCUUCUUCAAUAACUUUACUUCUCCUCAGAUUCCAGCUGACACUCUCCCGGAGUUCGUUAGCAUAGAUGGCGGCAAGAGGGUGGAUCCGAAUGGCACAAAUUACAUUGAAAGCGCUCUAGACAUCGAGUCAGCGUACUCGAUCAUUUGGCCUCAACAAAUUCGUCAGUACCAAGUUGGUGAUUCAGUCAACGUGGACAGUGUGGGUACCUUCAAUAUCUUCUUGGACGCUCUCGAUGCUUCGUAUUGCACAUAUCAAGGCGGUGAUCAGCCCUAUCUGGACCCAGUCAUGCCCGCUGGAGCUUCGGAAGCCGGCGGCUGUACCGGUCCUCUCCAAUUAUCUCCUACGACUAAAUCGAAGCUGCUCUACCACGCUUUUACCAAGAACGACAGUGCCGCGAUCUUCGCAACUGGAGACGCAGGCGUUGCGAACAGAUACAAUGCCGCAUACAACAACAGCUGUGUCAACGCCGAACACGGCUACGUCCUCCCCCAGCUUCCCCGUCAACUGUCCCUCAAGACAAGAGGCGCAAAUGCCAUCUACGGAGGAGAAGUCGCUGUUGCCCAACCUAAUAAAAAGAACAACACAUACCUCGAUUUCUAUUCGGGGGGGGGGGGGGGGGUUAGUAACAUCUGCCCGAGACCACAAUACCAAGACCACGCUGUGAAAGUUUACCUCGACGACUAUGCUCCAAAGUACAAUGACAGCGUAUUCAAUCGUACCGGCAGAGGCAUCCCGGACGUGUCAGCGAUGGGCUGGAAUAUCACGACCGUCUAUUUCGGUCGGACAAGUGCCAUUGGAGGCACUUCUGCCGCUAUUCCCAUCUUUGCUGCCAUCCUGACUCUGAUCAACGAAGAGAGAUUACAAGUUGGAAAAACGCCGAUCGGAUUCGCGAAUCCGGUCUUCUAUCUACAAGUAUCCGGAAAUAAUCCUGGGUGUGGAACUGAGGGCUUCCCGGCGUCGAAGGGUUGGGAUGCUGUUACUGGACUUGGAACUCCGGAUUUUGAGAAGAUGAAGAUACGGCGAGGCUAGAGCAAUGUCGCAGUUCUUGGAUGGAUCUUAUCGCCUUGCAUGCAGCCGCGGUUGUGAGUUGCUCUGCUCUGAGAUCUGCUUGCGUCCAUAGAGCCAGAUAAUGAAUCUUCCGAGGGGGAGGAAGGUCAGUGAUGCUGGUGAUGAGGAGCUGCAGAAGUGGAAACCUGCGGUACAUGGAUAGGAAGAUGCUCUUGAGUCAUUGACAAUCCUUGUUUUAUAUGUCGUAGAGGAGUCCUGAUCUUUGGAUUUAGAUGUGCUUUGACAAUGGGCAUCAGUAUCGAGAUGAUAGAUAUUGGAAUCUGCG